UGCCCGUGUAACAUUACGAAUUAAGAUCGAGAUUCGAUUGAAAUGCGACCAAUCAGAGUAAGCUUAACCAAACCUGCGUUUAGUGAACUUUCCCCUGAUUCGUGAAAUCAAUCUCACUCCUAAUACGUAGUGCGACACGGGCAUAACGUCUGCUUCGCCGGACCAUGGAUCCGUAUCCUCCCCCUCUCGCCCCCCGUUGUUUCUUUUCUCCGUCAUCGAAUGGUGCCAGUCUUGAGUAACGCGUGAGCCGCGACGACACCGAAGACCGACAACUGUCAAAUGACAAUCUCAUUUGCGGGAUUACGUGCGUGUGGUUGAGAAAGAAUGGCAGCGGAGAUAAAACCCGCCCCAGGAGUGAACAACGACAAAUUCAGCAGCAGCCGUAAGCCGGUCCUUCUCUCGAAAUUGGAGGGAUGCAGUGACGACGUGAACGCGGCUAUCAUUAUCCCGCGGGAGGAGGGUGUAAUCAGUGUUUGCGAUGACAGGACAGUCCGAGUAUGGCUGAAGCGAGACUCCGGCCAUUACUGGCCGAGCAUUUGCCAGUACAUGCCAGCAGGCGCUACUUCGAUGCAUUAUUGCAUAGAAACGAGGCAGCUGUUUGUGGGCUUGGAUAACGGAGGCAUUAAUGAAUUCAUUUUGGAGCAGGAUUACAAUCGGAUGACGGCGAUGCGCGAGUACCUGGCGCAUCAGGCGAGAGUGACGGGGAUUAUUUUCGCGCCAGACUGCGAAUGGGUGUUGAGCAUAGGUCGCGACAAGUUAUUCCAAUUGCACAGUUCCGAGACGGGACAUAAGCUGGGGUCGUAUCAGACGGACGCUUGGUACACCGCACUGCAAUUCGAUACCCAGUCCAAGCAUGCUUUCGUGGGCGACUACUCCGGUCAGAUAGCGAUGUUGAAGCUCGACAAUAAUGGCGUUACCUUUAUUACCACGUUGAAGGCGCACAGAGGGAGCAUUCACACGUUGGCGUGGGACUUCGAGAAGCAGCUGCUGUUCUCCGGCAGUUUCGACCGCAGCAUCAUCGUCUGGGACAUCGGAGGUCGCCAAGGCACCGCUUACGAACUCCAAGGGCACCACAACAAGGUGACCGCUUUGUGUUACGCGAGUGCGGAGCGCGUGUUAUUGUCCGGAGGUGAGGAUGGUGUGAUCGUAUGCUGGAACAUGGCGGCAAACAGAAAGGAGACAGCAGCUUGGGUCGAGUCUGACACCUGUCAGGCGUGCGGGAGGCCCUUCUUCUGGAACAUAAAGGCGAUGAUGGACCAACGGCAGUUGGGCCUGAGGCAGCACCACUGCCGCCACUGCGGACGCGCAUUGUGCGCCCGCUGCACCUCGCAACGAAUACCGAUACCGACGAUGGGCUUCGAAUUCGAGGUCAGAGUCUGCGACCAGUGUCAGAUACAGUUGAAAUCCGAAAAUCAACUGUCCCUGGCGUCUUUCCACGAUGCCAAGCACAGCGUCGUCGGGAUGGACUUGGACAUCGCCAGGCGAAGAUUGCUUACAGUCGGGCAGGAUCGCGUGAUUAAGAUUUGGGAUAUAUCCGCGCUCUUUCAGUGAAUUUCGUUAUGUAUGUAUGUUGGUAAAAAGAAAAAGAAAAAGAAAGAAAAAAAAAACGGGAAUCAAACUACGCGGGAUGUACGCCGAGGUAUCGUCGUCGUAUAGAACUCGGGAGAACAGAUUCUCCCGGAGCCUAUUUUUGUGAUCAUACGAUUACGUUCGAUCGACUCCGAUUGGGUCCUUCGCGCAAGUCGCUUCCGGGUGGAGAGUAGAGAGCGAGAUAGAUCAGUCAGUCAGAUUUAUCCGUGAUUUAACCUAAGCUAAGAGCAUGGCUUAAUCUCCAUCUUUUCUGCAUCAGACGCCGAGAUAAACGCGGAGGAUAGAGUGAGAAGUGGCAGUGUUGAUUUAGCGGCUGUUGCUGAAAAAGAGAAAGAGAGAGAUAUACAGGGCGUCGACGGACGGUUAUACUUCCAGAAGAGAGCACCUUGUUCGUGCGUAAACGAAUAAUCCUUGCGUAUAUGAACGUACACGCGAAACACACACACACACACACACUUUUCCUAGAUUCGAGACACAUCAGUAGUCAACGCCGUAUGUCGCGGUAGUAACUACGAGUUUUGAAACAUCUUUUGGAAUAUGAGAUUGGAUUUUUUAUGAUCGACUUUAUACUCUCCCCCCCACACGUUAGAUCGUUUCGUGGCGGGACUUUUUCAAUUGAGACUUACCCCCGCAUUCUGCUUGGCCCAUCCCCGAAAUUUGCGAUCAUCUCGUCUCACUUCACACGCCGGUGGCAGCGCACACCUUCCCGAGAGAACACUCACAGAAUCGGGCAGCCCGCGGCCUUUCCCGAAAUGUAUAUAUCGCAAUCACAUAUCUAUGUAUGGUUGCACACUUAGUUAUCAUCGAAGUCCUUUCAAGUACUUUCACGCUGCUACAUUAUUCAUAUUUUACAUGUAUGUUUCCGUUGAAAAGAAAAGAAAAAGAAAUCACCACCAGGAGUCUAAUAUUCGAUAGUGUUAUGAGCAUCGACUAUUUUAGUGUAUUUUAUCAAACGCAUAAGAAAUAGGCGAGUAUUUCAAUAGUCUCGAACCCUUUCGUAUCGUUUCUACAAUAUCCCUUAAGCUAUAUUGGUAACUUGAAUAUACAUAUAUAUAAGGUGAGGCACCUAACUUAGCUACCUCGAGAAAACUUACAUGUAAGUUACACGUUGUACAAGAAAUUAUUAUAUACAAAAGUUGCAUGAUCUCGAGGUCAUCACACGGUGUAUAAAUCUUUUUUUUUUAUAAGCGCUUCAGAGAUUUCAAGGUCAACUUCGUUCUUUUUAAAUGGAAUGUCGCAUUUUUUUGCCAUCGUUAGAAAGUAUGUUUAAUGUUGCGUUUAAACGUAUUGCCAUUAAUUUGCCUGGACCUAAGAAAUAACGAGAUAUUUAAGGAAACAAAGAGUGAAAAAGAAGUUGGAGAUUUCAUAUCUUGGUUGAAUGUAAUAACAUGAACAAGCCAGCCAAUAACAAUUUCUCGUGCAACGUGUAAUUUACAAGUUUUCCGAGGUAGUUAAGUUAGGUGUCUCACCCUGUACACACACACACAUACACACACACUAUUUUAACUAUAUUAUAUUUUGAAACAACUCAAGUAGGUAGCGAUAUACUUUCACCUAAGUCCUAGUCCUAUAUUUGUUACAACUUACGAUUGUUUAAUUAUUAUUAUUAUAUACUGUUUUAUGUGAGUGCCAGCGAGUAAGAGAAUAUCCGCCGUUAAUACGAUAUAUAUAUAUAUAUUGAUCACUACCUUCCGACGACCGAAGUCUUCUCAAGUACAAUAAAAAUAGGUACAAGCUAUGCAAAAUUAAUUCAUCCGAUGGCAACCCGACGCUCCCACGAUCUUAUUGUCGCGCGACAGAAUUGUGUCACAAUUUAUUUUUCGUAAAGAGAAUAAAAUAAAAGGGACUCGAAUGAGAAUUUUCGGACAGUUCACGAAAUCGAUAUCAGUGAUCAUGAGCUUCCAUCCUAGACACCUUGCAAUAUCCGUAGAUAAAUAACUUUUUUGUAAUACCAAAAAAAGUGAAACUCUUUUGUGUACUGUGCUGUGUGUGUGUGUGCGUGUGUGUAUGUGUGUGUGAGAGAGAGAGAGAGACACGCAUAUGCUUCGUUCAAUUUAUCCCCCAUCCUCUUAGUCUCGAUGUACAUAAAAUGCAUAUCUUGUACCUGAAGCUGUGUGUUAUGAUCCGUCGCGGUGUGAUCUUCGCUGUGAUCACUAUGAUUUCGCACGCGCGUACACGCGCCGGAGAGAGAGACGAUUAUUAUGUAGAAGGAAUUAUACACACACACACAUACACACACACACACACACAUACCCUUGUUAUUAAAAUGCCAUCCGGAUUUAUUCGCGGGAUAAAUCCUGCAUUUUGAGUAGACGUGCAUGUGCAAAUGCAAUUUGCACGGCCCGAGUAAAAAAAAAAAAAACUAUACGAA